UAUCACGAGUGCACUAUUCUUAAAAUACAAGUCAAGUAUAGGUAAUCCUGGGAAUUAUUGUAAAUAUGAUCACCGUAAGCAGUGGUGCGCAGAUCACAGUACAGUAGACAACUCCGUGACGUGAGUGUCUCGUCGGAUUAGAAAUGCUGCGUUCUGUUAUGUUUACGCCGGCUGUAAAUCAGGGCUUAUUGUCCCUGGUUUGCACUGACACAGCUUUGUCAAGAUGUUUUGCAUCUCAAAUUAGGACUAUGGCCAGUUUACCAGAAAAAACUAAAAGAAAGCCUUAUAGCCCUUUUCAAAAAACUGAUAAUACAGGAGAAUAUGCAAUGGCUAGAUUGGAUGAUCUUUUAAAUUGGGGACGUAAAGGUUCGAUCUGGCCCAUGACAUUUGGUUUGGCUUGUUGUGCAGUUGAAAUGAUGCACAUUGCUGCACCUAGAUAUGAUAUGGACAGAUAUGGAGUAGUAUUCAGAGCAUCUCCAAGACAGUCUGAUGUUAUCAUUGUUGCUGGUACUUUAACAAAUAAAAUGGCGCCAGCAUUGAGAAGAAUCUACGAUCAAAUGCCUGAACCACGAUGGGUUAUUUCUAUGGGAAGUUGUGCCAAUGGUGGGGGCUAUUACCAUUACAGUUAUUCUGUUGUCAGGGGCUGUGAUAGAAUUAUACCUGUGGACAUAUACGUACCAGGAUGUCCCCCAACGGCAGAAGCAUUGAUGUACGGCAUACUACAAUUACAAAAGAAGGUCAAAAAUAUGAAAACAGUCCAACUGUGGUACAGAAAAUAAUGUAAAUAUAUCUGGAUACUGUAGUAAUUUAUGUAUAAAUAAUGUAAUUAUGAAAAUAUGUAAUUGAGAUAAAUUAACGUAAUUAUAAAUUGUUUUAAAUAACUGAAAAUGGUGAUUAAUAGACUAUAAAUUUUUAUGCAUUUAUAAUUCACUUAGACUUCAAAAAAACAGUGAAACUUAACAAAACCACAAACAGAAAAACUACAAGUAUAAAUUCAUUCAUUUUAUUUCAGAGUUUUCAAAUACGUUUAUAGAAAUGUAAACUUGAAUCAUGUUAAAUCAUAUCUAUUCUUAAGGUACCUAAAUUAUAUUGACAUCCUUGUU